AUGGCUGAUACCGACACGGCCAGCGCCAACAAGGCCUAUUUCAACAAACUCGCUGCCGAGUACGACGCCAGGUAUGAAAAAACAAUGUUGCAGCUCGAGAGGGAGGUUCGCACGCGCAAGGACUUUAUCGGUGCCGACUGGGUUGUCGACGACGAGGAGGACGAGGACGAUGGUGGCGAAGGCGGCAGUGAAGACGAAGCUGCACAUCUGCCGGCGGCGGACGGCAAGCGCGUGAGACUACUCGACUACGCCUGUGGAACCGGCCUGAUAUCGCGGGCCCUUUCGCAGUUCACAACGCAUUGUGUUGGCAUUGACAUCUCGGAGAACAUGGUGGCAGUUUACAACGCCCGGGCCGAGAACCAGGGCCUACGCACCGACGAGAUGCACGCUUACCAAGGCGACCUCACGGACCCGGCGACUUUCUCCGCCUCUUUCGACCCGAAUGGCCGGUUCCGCGACUUCGACGUUGCCGGCGUUGGCCUCGGGUUCCACCACUUCUCGGACCCGGAGCUCUCGGCGCGCCGCAUCGUUGAGCGGCUGCGACCCGGCGGCGUGUUCUUCAUCCUCGAUUUUCUGCCGCACGGGGCCGCGGAUGCUGCGCUGCCGGCGGCCAGCACGGUCAUGCACCACGGCUUCUCGGAGGAGAGGAUGCGAGCCGUUUUUGAGCAGGCCGGCGCGGGCAAGGACUUCGCCUUGGAGGAGCUCGGGAGUGGGAUCGUUCUUGGAGGGCGCCAAGGGGAUGGGCACGGUCAUGGGCACACGCAUGAUGACAGACACGGACAUGGUCACGGGCAUGGUCAUGGAGAGCGAGAGAUGGGGAUGAAGAGGCGGGUGUUCCUCGCGCGGGGAACCAAGGUAUAA